GAUAUAAGCGUGAGCUCGAAUAAAAAUAUGCUUCUUGUAAGACAUUGAAAGGCACUUCAACUCAGUUGUCUGCCAGUUGUCGAAGCGUAGAAAACGUGCAGCGCGCGAAGCAAGAGCGUCGUAAAAACGGGGUAAACAACUUUAGAGACUUGUUUUUCAUUUGAUUUUUUUUAUCAAACGAGGAAAACGAAGAAGCAGAAGAGCAAUUGAGGAGAAGAGAAAAAAAAAACACAUAAACUCUGAUUAAUUUGAAUUAAUUGAAAUAAAAAGACGGACUAGUGAUUGAAAUGUUUAAAUGGAAAAGUGAUGAAAGAGUUUUAAUAAUAAUUUCGUAUUUUCAAAAUAUUAUUAAUAAAUAAAAAAUAAAACAAAAACCGAACGCCUAAGCAAAAAUAGACUAUUUGAACUGUUGGUGGAAAAAGUACUUUUUAAUAAAAAGAAAAAUCAUAUAAAUAAUUGUGCAGUAAAAACUGUUCGCGCUUUUAGAAAAUAUUUUCAUUGCGCAAAGUGCCAUUUCAAAUUCAACAAAAACAAAAAUACUACACAAAAAUUUUGAAAACAGCUGAUUAGUGCGUGAGACUCGCUAACAGCUAACAAAGCCACAUUCUUACAUAGAAGAAUACCAAAUACUUAGUGCUUCAAGAUGAAUCAGAUAUGCAAAGUCUGCGGUGAACCAGCCGCCGGUUUCCAUUUUGGCGCCUUCACAUGCGAGGGCUGUAAGUCGUUCUUCGGACGCUCCUACAAUAAUAUCACAUCGAUUAGCGAGUGUAAGAACAAUGGCAACUGCGUGAUUGAUAAAAAGAAUCGCACCACCUGCAAAGCCUGCCGCCUACGCAAAUGCUUCACGGUGGGCAUGUCAAAAGGGGGUUCUCGUUAUGGUCGCCGCUCCAACUGGUUCAAGAUACACUGCUUACUGCAGGAACAGCAACAGCAAGCCAUUGAUGCAGCGAAUAAGGCCGCAGCUGCUGCUGCUGCCGGCGGCAAUCAAGUCACAACGCAAAAUGCCGCUGGUUUCGUUGAUAUGGCCAGCGCGGCCGCCGCCGCUGCUGCUACGGCAGCCAAACAACACAUGCAUUCGCUUAAUCCACACAUGGCUGCCGCCGGCGGCUUACUCGGCUAUCCUGGUUACCAUUUGCCUGAAAUGAUGGCACAGGCUGCACCUUUUAUGUCUACACGUCAUCCUGCCGCCGAUGCUGCUGGUUCGCUGCCCUUCUUCAUGAUGAACCAAAUACCGAGCAUGGGCUCAGCGCAGUCUGCUUUCCAGUUACCGCCACAUCUGCUUUUCCCCGCCGCUGCUGCGGCCGCUUAUCAUCCAAAUUCCGCGCUCGCUGCUGCAGCGGCUGUUGAUGUUGCCUACCGUUCAGAAAUGUACAAUAAACACCGCCAGUCUGUCGAUUCAGCUAAAUCUGGCGAUUCGGCGCAUCGUUAUUCUCCACAAAUUGCCGCCACUGCUGCGGAGCAGCGUGUUCGCGAACAGCAACAACAACAACAAUCAGGACGUCACUCACCGGAAUUGUGCGUGUCGGGUGGCGACGAUGAUGAGGACGAUGAAUUGGAUGUGCACUCGCCUUCGCCUAUCAUGGCGACCACAAAAACACACCAGCGCGCUGUCCACCAAGUGCAAGAAGCGCAACAAGCACAACAACAAAAGUUGCAUCACCACCAAAUACACAGCCCCAUUGCAAUACGUGCCACACCGCACACCACCUCCACACUCAGCAGCGCACUCUCCGUCCCGGUGCCUACCUCUGCACUUACACCCAACUCAGUAUGUUCGCCAACACACCAACCCAGCUCUCCAACACCAACAGCCAGCGCUGUCGCCGAAUCAGCAGCGCUCUCUUUCGCCGCCAAAAUGCAAUCACUCUCUCCGGUCUCCGUCUGCUCCAUUAGUGCUGAGAGCUUUAGCGCCACAAGCCCACAACUACGUAAUGCCAGUAAUGUUGCUGAUGCGCAGGAUUGCCCCAUGGAUUUGAGCAUGAAAGCGGUCAGCUCGACGACGCACGGUUCGACGCAUAGCAGCAAUACCAGCAGGGGUAGUGGCGUUUGCGAUAUGCAUUGCGAACUGAGUGAAGAAGAAGCGUCGGCGAUUGAUGUACGUCGUAAAUUCUAUCAGUUUAAUAGUGAACAAAGUUGCGAGUCGGAUAGUUCGUCUGAUGGCAGUGGUGCCGCUGUGGGAGUAAGUAAGCGUCAGAAAAUGAUCGAUGAGGGUUACAACUCGGUGGGUUAUGCCUCGUCACAGGGUUCAACAGUAUCGACGACGUCAGCGACGAGCUUGCACGGCAUCUUCGUAUGCGUGUAGAUCAUGGAUAUGUAUGCAUAUGCACAUACAUACUCGUACAUAGUGUUUUCGGCGCCGGCGCUCAGUGCAAAUGUGGCUUAGAGUAGGCGCUGUGGGAGGAGCUCAUUCGCCGCCAACAAAGCUGUCAUUAUUCGUCUAUGUUGUUGUUAUUUUUAUUCGUUCAUGCUUGUUUUUGUGAUCUUUGAUCGAUGCAACUGUUCAAAUGCAAAUGAGCACACACUCACACAUAGCGAUUUAAGGCAACGUGUGCUCUCCAACACCACUUUGAUCGAUUUCGCACGCCUACACAUGUUUGAAUUGCUCGCGCUCACCUAACGGUCGCAACAGCUUACCAUUAGUGUAUUAGAUGACAUUUCCAAACACAUAGGCAGAUACACAAGCGCACUCUUCUCUCUCCUUUGCGCACACAGCACACACAAAUCGCACCGAGUUAGCUGUUUUAAAUGAGUUAAAGCGAGAUGGCGAUGCAAUGCAGGCGGUUGUUAGACGGCAAACGAAGAAACAAAUGAGCGUAAAACAACAACUACAUAUGUAUGUAUAACAAUAACAUGUGUGUGUGUGUACAAUCAAAUCCAAAUAUAUUUACUACUGUAAUUGAAUUUAAUGGCAAUUUAGUCGCAUUUAGUCGAUUUUAAUUUAAUUAAUGCAAAUUUAAAUGGAAAUGUUUUUAAAAGUUAUGUUAGUUUUUAGUGAAAUAUGGACAUAUGGAAAUAUGAUAAACGCGAAGUAUUAGAAAAAUAAUCUGUCAAAAAGUAUAUGAAAGUUAGGUAGUUUUUAAUGAAAAAAGAAACGGAAAAAACUGUUUAAUAGCACCACCAAUUAAUUCUUAAUUAUUAUAAUGUAAACUUAGAAGAUGUUUGUAAAUAGUUAGCUAUUCCCCAAGUUUCAAAUCUAUGACUAUGUUUUUUUCCUAAAUUUUCAUAUGUGCGCUUACAAAAAAUUCUAUUUAUUAUGUUUGUCCACGCGCGCAUCUUCUGUAUUUAUUACUGCUUGACUUCACUGUAAAUAACUAAUUAAUAUAUGUCUAUAUGUAUUUAUAUAUAUAUGUAUAUAUGUAUGUAUACGUAAACACAUGCGCACAUAAAUGCGUAAUCGUUUUAGUUUUAGUUUUAUUUUCAGUUGUCGAGAUUGAAAUAUCAAAAAUAUGAAAACAAAUAUUGUCUACGUCCAAAAUUUUUAGCUUUUAUUGAUUUUUAGUCUCUCAAUAGUUAGAAUUGAAUGUAUUUGUUUAUUGCUGCGCAGAGAUAAAAUAAAUUAUAUGGAUGUUUUUAUUUUCCUAAGGUGAAUAAUUUUGAAUUGGAGUUGCUUGUAGCUUCUGACAUCACUGCAACCAAGUGCGAUAUUCUCAUUACAAAGGUAGGGAGGUAGGUGAAAUGCUUGAAG